AAGCGGGCUAACAACAUCCGUCCGUGUCACAGGGGUGAUGUGACAACAUGCUAGCUAGCUACGCUAUUCCGGUUUCAGUGUGAUGUGUCAAGCUUUGCAACUGGGUCUUUGUCGAGGUUCGGGUCAGCAGUAAAACAGUAGCUAUUAACAAAUAAAUAACAUGGAUAACUCCGGCAAAGAGAAGGAAGCCUUGGCUCUUCUCGCCGAGGCUGAAAAGAAAGUGAAGUCUUCGCAGUCGUUCUUGGGGACGCUAUUUGGUGGCUCCUCAAAGUUGGAAGAGGCCUGCGACAUCUACGCCCGGGCAGCAAACAUGUUCAAAAUGGCUAAGAACUGGAGUGCGGCGGGCAACGCUUUCUCUCAGGCUGCGCGGCUUCACCUGCAGAUGCAGAGCAAGCACGACGCCGCUACAAACUUCAUAGACGCUGGAAACGCUUUCAAGAAGGCCGAUCCGCAAGAGGCUAUUAACUGUCUGAACCGGGCCAUUGAGAUUUACACUGAUAUGGGCCGUUUCACUAUCGCAGCCAAACAUCACAUCUCCAUCGCCGAGGUCUACGAGACCGAGCUGGUGGACAUCGAUAAGGCCAUCGCGCACUAUGAACAGGCAGCCGAUUACUACAAAGGAGAGGAGUCGACGAGCUCCGCCAACAAGUGCCUUCUGAAGGUGGCCACCUACGCCGCCCAGCUGGAGCAGUACCCCAAGGCCAUCGAGAUCUACGAGCAGAUCGGGACCUACGCCAUGGACAGCACUUUGCUGAAGUACAGUGCUAAGGAUCACUUCUUCAAGGCAGCCCUCUGUCAUUUCUGUGUGGACAUGCUGAACGCCAAGUUGGCUGUGCAGAAAUAUGAGGAGAUGUUUCCAGCUUUCUCAGAUUCACGAGAAUGCAAACUAGUGAAGAAACUGCUUGAUGCCUUUGAAGAACAGAAUGUCGAUGCGUAUACUGACUCGGUGAAAGAGUUUGACUCCAUCUCCAGGUUGGACCAGUGGCUGACUACCAUGCUGCUCCGGAUCAAGAAGACCAUACAGGAAGACGAGAGCGACCUCCGUUAACACCCAACCUCCUCUCUCUUUUCUGUCUCUCUUGCCGUAUUCCUUUCGACGCUCCUUUCACCUCCUUUCACCACCUCUACUCCUCCGCUCCUGUCUUCCCAGCUAUGGCCUUUCCCAUGAGACUUUGUUCCCUUUGCGUCCGGUUUUAUCGUUCCAUAUCUCUCUUUCGGCUUCUGCUUGGCGUUACCUUUCCAUUUUUACACUCUCGGGUCCUGCCUCCUGUCAUCCCCCAGGGCGUGCUGGACAGUUUGGCAAUAAGGGUCUUUGCACAGACCCUAAAUAACACGAGAGAACACGGAGGAGGGAGGAAAAGAGGGAAAGAGUGUGUGUGAUGCUCAAGCAGGGAGCCCGACUGCUAGCCUCUACAACACAACUAAAAUAAAGUGCAUUGGGCCUCAAUGACUGCGAAAGUCCUUUCAGGUCAGCUAUGUCGCAAGUGUUUGUUUGAUUUUCCAGAUCGUCAGAGAAUUAAAAAUGCCACAGUUUCCCUUUCCUUUUGUUCUAUUUUCAACGAAAGGUAUGCACCCGUCAUCGUAAAUCCAGUCAUUUCCCUUUGAAACCUGUUCGAUCGUUCUCGUAAAUAAAAUGUAUAUUCAAAGAUUUUUAAGCUAAUUUUAAAUAACAUUGAAUUGCCGGAUUAAUCUUUAAAAUAUAAUUAAGUCAAGCCCAAGAGAAAAUGGGUCAAUAUUUUGACGUCUAAUUCAGGGCAUGGAUGUAUUUUGCGGUGAUAUUUAUGUGGAGCGAGAUGAGAAAUAUGACUACACGCAUGAAACGAACUUUUUUUUUUCCCAGUGUGGUGACUUGAGGUGUAAUGGAUACGUUUUAGGUUGAAGCAGUAAUGCACAUUUGCAAAUAUAUGAAAAGUUUCCCGGGUCAGGUGUGCGGCAUUUCCUGAUAAUUGAAAGUGGAAUUAAUGUGACCAGAUGGCAUUCCAUUCUGUUGUAUGAAAGUUUCACAGAGGAGCAGUGUUUCAGGUUAAGUUUUCACACACUUGCGUCUUUUAUCGCUUGGGUUUUGGGCUUGAUUGCUCAGCCCUUUGCUUUGUCGUUCUUUUGUAAUGUUGCUGUGGUAAUACCAAUUCUACCUUAGAGUACAAAGUGAUACUUGCUUACCAAACGUUUUUAUCCAAUGAACGCUUCCUUCACAGUUCUUCUGUUCCAUUUUCAUUUCACGAAAUAAGUUUGGUUUGAAUAAAGCGUGUGUCUUGUCAAAGUAUCGUCACAACCCUUGAGGGCGAAGCUUAGAUUCAUCUAUUUAUUUUCACAAUGACUCAUUUAAUAACCAUGCAUAAAUAUUAACAUGCUGAUUUUCUUCAUUAUAACUUUUUUCUUGAAGUAUAACUUCUUUAAGUUCUUAUAUUUGAAGUAUAUAUCCAUUUGAAACCCAUGCCAUUUUCUUUAGUUUACUCCUGACGUUACUUUGUGUAGUUCUGAACAUCACGGUUGUGGGCCUGUUCGGGCAAGUCAUGGGAUGAGAAAGGCUAAGACAAAAUCUCUACUGCUUUAGCCGAAGUCAUCGUGCCAUACUUGAAUAUGAACUGACACAAGUACAUUAUACGAAUAUUGUCAGAUUUUGACAUUUGGAAAAAAGGGAGGGGGGAGGGGGAAGGGUGUAGUGUACUCGGACUUAAGGAGAAUAAUGGCCGCAUGCAGUGGCACAGAGAGGAGUAACGAUUGUGCCCGUCUGUGAAAUAAACUCAAUUUGUAUGUACAGAAUCCUACUACUGCAUCUUGUUCUUUGAAACGAAAACCCAUAUUAAACACUUGUAAGACUG